AUGCUUCGCCAGUUCGCUACAAAUUAUUUACGAAGCACCUUGAAAUUUUAUGCAUGUAGUACAAUAGUUUCGCGUCAACCAGUUAAGUGGCUCGGUUUUAAAGGCGGCAGCCGUCGUAAGUCAUCCGCUACAUCAUGCUGGAAAGCAUCAGCGCUUAUUGCUGUAGCACAGUUUGCAGCGUGCGAGGACAAUGUCAAAAAUAAAUUACAUCUCCCUGAACCAGCUGACUUGAGCAAUUUGAACCUGAUACGGAGAGCAACAGUUGUAACAGUAGAUGCAGCUACUCAGUUGCUGACACAGACACUUGCAGCAGCAAUGGAGAGCAGUGAAAUGUACAGGAAUGCUAUGGAACACAUGAUGGACCAUAUGGAUGAAACUUUAAGGCAUGCAGUUGGCAGUCCAUGCCAGGAUCAGCUGUGGGAUGACAUGGUUUCUAUUCGAGAUGAACUUAAUUCAGCACGGGAUGCAUUACUGGAGAUUGAGAGUUUCAUGGUGUACGCAAUGAGACUAGCCACUGAUGCAGCUGAGGCAUCAUACAUGGCUGGUGCUGAAACUAUAAGCACAGCAAUGUGUGAAAGAUUGAAUUAUGCAGAACAGAUGUGGAAUGCAGAAAGGCAAAAGAUAAAAAAACUUGAAGAUACCUAUCUGAAAGAACACGAGAGAUUUAUGGUAAACUACACUAAGGCAGCAGCAACUGAUCAAAGAAGAUCCGAAGAAGGGGUUGAUGUUUAAGAGUAGAUCUGGGUUUCCUAGUUCCCUGCAUUUAGUUGGUAGUACUGGCUGUAAAUCCUGCUGUGUUGUAUUAUCUAGGAAUAAAUUACACAUAUUGUAAAUUGGUUGGUUUUUGUCUCGGUACUAAAAAUACUCGACAAGAGUGGGAUAUAUUCUGACAGGUGCAAUGUGUUCUUUUGCAAUACAUCCAUUCUAAAGCAUACUUUGUCAUUAAGUAAGAACUGUGAGCUGGUAUUGUCAUGUUACCAGCAAAAUACAAAAAUAUGUGAAAGAAAAUUAUAUAAUAAAAUAUAAAUCUUAUGUUAAGCUAGUUGUAGACUGAAAAUAACUGUUUCGCCUUCAAUAAUUUUGACAGUGACUCUUACUAUAUCUUUAUGUUCCUAGAACAGACUGUAGGAGUUAAAUGUAGUUAUAAAUUUAUUAAUAAGUAAUGAGAAUGAUCUUUAAGAAUAAAGUAGAAAAAAAUUUGCCAGUAUUUAAAAUGUCAGACAAUGUAUACAUGUCAUCAGCACAUGGUUCACUCCAGUGGCUGUGUACAUGACUUUUUUUGCAACUUUUGUAUAAAUAAAGUGUCAAAACCAUCCCACAA